CAUACUACCAUUUAAAGUCAAGAAUGAGAAGAAAUUCUUCGAUUGCGCCUUUAAAAUGGGCAUUGAUGAAAUGUCAGCGCACAAAUUUCUUUUUAUAAUACACAAAAGUGAUGUUGAUAUAUUUCCCAAAAUGGGAGAGGAACGUGUGAAUAUUCUUUUGUACUUCUGGGAAAUGUGUGAAGACUACAAACUAAGACUUAAGGAUGACGAUUGUGAAUUGCCCGAAGAACUGGAGUUCACUAUAAAAAUAUUGGUUGCCUGGAGUUUAGAUGUUUGGUUUAGCAAAGAAUGGGAUCGUUGCAAACUGUUGUGGAAGCAUGCAUUAAUACAUUGCCUGAAUCGGGCGCGCAGUUUAUUUAUGCGUAUGCCAGAUAUGUUGCAAAUAAAUUGGGACUUUUUACUGUUGUUCAAUGUAACACCCUGGCAGGUUGCAUAUUUGAAAUCGUUAAAUGUUACUAAAGAGAAAACUCUGGAAGAUGGUGCUCUGACAAUUGAAAAGGAAGAAACUAUGGCUAGUAAUGAGGAUAUGGCCUAUCUUAAAAUGGAGCAAUUACCCUUAAUAGUUUUACGAUUAGUUAAACUGUUUGACCAAAGUUCCAUAGAUAUGGUUAAAACGUUGUGUAUGAAAGUCAUUGCUGCAUGGAAUAAAGUCUAUCACAAUGAAAUGAGUCAAACGGGUGGUUCCAGAUUACCUUAUGUACCGCCCGAGGAUAAACGUUGCCUCUUAUAUAUUUGUCACAUCUAUUUAAUGGCAGUCUAUGAAGCAGAUGAUAAUAAGGGAUACGUAAUUGAUAAUAUGAUCAACAAUAUACGUUUCUAUAGCCAAGGACUUCAAAAUUCAUAUGCCAUGGAUAAUAUGAAAUAUACACCAGCACGUUUCAUAGCAUUAACCUGUACACAUUUACGUGUACACAAAAAAGAAUUCUUCGAUUUCUUUAUAUGGAAUUCAAUUGAAGUGUCACCUGUGAAUUUAUUCGGUGUCAUAUCUCAGGCAUAUAAAAGCUAUCUAUAUGGAAAUCUUUUGAUGGAGCUGAAUAAUAUGAACGAUGAAGAUUUUGCUGCAAAUGUGGCUCUAUAUAAACGAUUAAUGAAUGCCUAUAUCAAUGAACGUGAAAAAAGUGAACAAUUUAUAAUGGAUGAAUUACAAAAACAAGAGGCACAACAUUACGCUCAUAAUAUUAUACAAACCGUACAAAAUAUGACAGAUUUUAAGAGUAAAAUAUGCAAAGGAAAUCGUAUGAGUAAUAUAGGAAAUUAUGAAAACAAGGAUGAUCCUAUUGGUAAUAGCAUAGAAUCGUCAAAAACGCCACAAAAUGCUGAAGAACAAGAUGAUUUACGUGUGGAUCCAAUUUUUCAAAAUAUACCCAACAAUGAGGAAAUUUUAUAUUAUGUUUAUGAUGCUUUAUCCAAAAAGACUUUUCAUGGUUGGCAUUUUGCUAAAAUUGUGCUGCUUUUCAAAAUCAUAGGUCAUGAAUUGAACAUGAUCGAAACCUGGCGUUAUCAUCCUGGUCUAACAACCAGUUUUAUGUUAAAUUUAGAAACAAAACUGUCACAACACUAUAUGGAUUUGGCGAAGAUAUUUCAAGACCACCCCUUCAUUGAACAAGAAUUUUGGUUAACCGCCUUCUAUUUAAAUCCCACCAGUUAUAAUUAUGAAGCCAUUAAAAGGCUUGGCAUACGCAACAACAGGAAACGUACCGAUGAACAAGGUAGAUGGGUAACGGGCAAGGAUAAAAUUGAAGCCAAAUAUGGUCUAUUGAGUUCUACAAUUGACGUGAAGGCCAUUAGCAGUUUAUCAAAUCAUGAUGAACAACAUCGAGAUUAUGAACCAUUAUUUCAGGCUUUGAGUUCAUUGCGUUUACCAUCAACGUUAAUAAAGGAUUUAAUAACUGUUGUGUUUUUGGCACGCAAUAAAAGUUUUUCAUGGGCGGUGGAAUGGAACGAGCUGAGGCGACGCUGUAAAGCUCUUAUGACAAAUGCCGAAGAGAAGAAACGUUUUGUUGAAUUGAACAUGGCCGAAGCAAAUGAUCGUUUGAAAUACCUUAAUAUUGAUUAUGAAAAAUAUAAAAAUAGGCCACAGCUGGACUAUGGCUCCAUUGAGCAGGGUUAUGAAAAUCUUAUUAAUGCAGCUGAUAUGGAUGAUGAUACGGAGGAGAGUGAAGAAGAAGACGAUUUUGAAGAUGAUGAAGAUGUUUAUGAAAGUAAACGGGGCAGAGGGAAUAAGAAAUCUACAGAAGUUAUUGAAGAUGACAAUUCGCAAGAAGAUGAUCCAUAUUUGACUGGUAAAAGGCGAACACGAGCCACUGCCGCUGCUGCAUUGGCCAAUUUUCUCUAUAACAAUGAAUUAAGUCGUCGAAGGCGUAGGAAAAAACCCGAUGAAGAGGAACAAGCGAAAAAAGAACAAGAAGAAGAAGAUGCCAAACUUGCAGAUAAUGAAGAAAAGUCCAAUGAAUCAAAAUCUGCCUGUGAAUCAGAAUCUACAAAUAUCUCAGCUACAGCUGUUGCUGCUGGAGAUGAUGACAACUCGAAAACUUCAGAAAUCACGAAAAAGAAUAUCAAAGAAUGUCUCAAGGAACGACCCGUAUUGGUAAAUCCAACCCAAGGUUUUCAACCACUCAUCGAUUUGUGGAAUGUUGACAAAUCCGACUUAGAUACGAUAGAUAGUGAUUGCGUGUCAUUGAUGGAGAGUUCAAGCGUUCUAAAUCGUUUUUCAAAAUUGAAAAAUAUAACAAGAGAAAUAAAUCCAGCCGCUAUGUGUGUCGAGGAGGAUGUACGGGAAAUGCAAAUGUUUACCGAUUAUAGAGAGAUAACAACCGAAUUUAAUCAAGUUGAAACACCUGCCAACACAUCGUUCAAGGCUAUAACGAUUAGAUCGAGCAAACCCAUUGAAGAACCUACAAAUAUGAUUAUGGAUAUUAGUAUUGAAGAGAAUUCUAUUAAAUUGGAACCAGAUGACACAAAAGAAAAAACAACACCAACACGACAGUCUCAAAAUUCAGAUAAUGAAAGAACGAAUGCAGAUAUAAUUGGUACAGAAAUUCAGUCAAAAGAUAGCGAAUGUAAAAUAAGUAGUAAAGAAACCGCAUUACAUAAUGAAAAAGGUCCUAAAAAUCAAUCAAAAUCCUCUAUGGUUAAUGAGGAUGGAAAAUCUUUAGAAAAACCAAAUACCGUUGAACAAGAAUCAAUUGAUAAUAAAUCGGAAGAAAAUAAAAACAAAAACAACGACGAAAGAAUCAAUGAAUGUGUAGUUAAGGAUUCAAAUGAGAAACUGCUAAGUAUAGAUAUUGAAGAUAAUAAUCCCAAGCUGUUAGAAGGUACCGAUGAUAACAUAAAUGAAAUUGUGGAUCUUGUUAAAACUUCACAACCUGAUAGCUGUAAUGCCAAUGUGGCGGUUAACAAUUCAGAGAGCUCAGUCACAGAAGAAAAGUGUCUUAAUGAAAAGGAACAUUUACAAGAUCAAAAUGAAGAUAAAUCUGCUCAAUUAGCUGAAGAGCCCGUCAUCAAUGACGCCAUAUCAUCAGAAAACUCUAUGAUUACCAACGUCGAUGAACUUUUUGAGGUGAAUCAAGACGAAAAUUCAAAUCCUUUUGAUAAAAUUGCAAAACAAGUAUUGAAAUUAAAAGCAACAGACCAUAAUGAACAAAAUGACAAAACUGCUGAAAAUGUCAAGAGUGGGAACGAAGGGAUUACAAAGAAAAAUGAGGAUUCAACAUCUAAACCCAAACCAACUCAAAUAGAAUCUCAUGCAGAGCCUUUACAAUGCAAGGAAAUAAAAGUGGAUAUUGACAAAAUGAAACCUAUAUCCAGCAAAGAAAAUGAUCCAGAAGGCGCAUUAAAGGAUGAUACAAAAUCUUCCUAUACAAAAUGUAAUGAGAAACAGAAACAAGAAAGCUUCGCACUAUUAGAAUGUGAAAAUAAACAAAUCAAUUUGGAACUGGAGAAAUCUAAUAAUAUUAACAACUGGGAAUGCAAAGGAUCUGAGGGUACACACAAAAAGGAAGCAAUAGAGAAAACAGAACUUUCAACAAGUGAAUCAAAAUCUUCAGCAGUUAACAAUGCGACUUCUACUGAAUGUAACGAAAAACAAUUAGAAAAUGAAGAAAAUGAUCAAAAAGAAUCAAGCGUAACAUGUACGAAUGAAAUAGAAAAUAAUACAACAAAAAUAUUACCACAGGAUGGCAAAGAAAUAGUAAAGAGCCUUGAUGUCGCAGAUGAAAAUUCGAUUGUACAACAAAACGCAAAGUUAAACGAGAGUCUGGAAUGCCACCACGCAACUACAACUAAAACCGAUUCAAUUCCAAUUAUUAAAGAUGUAAUAGAAUUAGAUGACAAAUCGAAUUGA